AUGUCCCGGGCCACAAGUAAGAGCACUCUUCCCCAGGAUAACCCAAUCGGAUAUUCAGGGCUCAUACUGGUCCCCGGUACCAAGCCAACGCGCCCUUGGGUGAACAUACGACCAGAAGCCAAGAGUUCAGAGGAGAUUUCUUCAGAUGUCCCAUGCUCCGAUUUAUUCGAGGAAUGGAUUUGCGUUCCCGAAGAUAACAAGCCUUGUGAAUUAAUAAGCUCCGAGAUUAAUAUGAACGGCGGAAACAUGUCCAGCGUAAAGCCUUCUACUGUCAGCUCAAACGUCUCGACCCCUUCUACAUGUACACGUACAGGAGCCCUUCGUGAUUUAGUUCAAUAUGGCUCAAAUUCUGCUGGGGAAUCACAAAAAGGCCCCUUACCAAGUGGUCAAACCAGUGAUCAAGACUCUCAAGCCGCUGCUCUCAAAGUGGGAUACAAAACUCCGCUUGAUCAUGCUGUGGCCAGUCGGACACGAAACUCUCUGCCUGCGGAGGACGUAUUGAGGUACCAAUAG